CUCAUAUAUAUCUUUUGGGAAAAAUGGAUGUGGUUAUGAAAGCAGGAAUAGUAGAAUCCCUAGAAGAUAAUAUUAUUUAUGCAAUAGCAUAGGUUUUAGAUGAAAUAGUGAAAGAGACAGACAUAAUCGAAAGUCCAAUUUAAACAGCCUUCCACACUAAUAAAAAACCAUCGAUAACAAUAUACAAAUAUAUCGAGCGUAUCAAGAUGUACUGUUAUUGCAGCAAUGAGUGUUUCAUAUUGGCAUUGAUAUAUAUAGAUAGAGUGUAAGAGAAGAACUAGGAUGUAGUUAUAAAUAGUUUUUGUGUUCAUAGGUUGAAUAUCAAUAUAACGAUAGAUUUCUGUUGGCUUGCAUUCUUAUAAGUAUAAAAUACAAUGAUGAUGACUAUUAUAAGAACGAUUAUUAUGCAAGAGUUGGAGGAGUUGCAAUAUAAGAGUUAAAUACAUUAGAGUAGGAACUAUUAAUACUGUUAGAUUAUGAAGUUUUUGUAAGUCAAAAUCUAUACUACUAUUACAAGGAAAAAUUGAUGAAAUAUGCAAAACUAUGA